AUGGUGAAGCUUGGGAAAAUAAGUAAGAGGCAACCACUUAAGCAAAAAUAUGCCAUUACGAAAAAAGUAGCAGCACAUAAGAAGAAACUAAAAAAAAUUAUAAAAAAGACGAAAAUUCAUAAUAGAAGAAGUACGAAGAAAUCUUUGAAAAUUCCAGAAUGUAUUUUUAAAAAAGAUAUAUUAAAUAAUAUAAAAAUAAUUUCUUCAACGAAGAAAAAAAAAAACAAGGAAGAUGAGGAAAUAUGUAAGGAAGUUAGCUUAGAGAACUACGAUGAUUGCACAUUACAAAAUAUGAUGUAUGCUUUGAACAUCUCUCCGGAGGAAAUUCCUCAUGCGGACUUAACUAGUACUGUGAGUAGUGAAACUAUGCAGAGCAAUUUUGCCCAUAGUAAUAACGUCAUUUCUGUGAAAACAACAGAUGGGGACUUAAUUUCUAGGGACCAAGCCGAUUCAGGGAUGAACAAUUUUUACAAUUACCUCGAUUUAAACUUCGUCACAAAAAUGCAUAUUUUUGAAAAAGCGAAGGAAGAACUGUAUCCUAUGCUAAAGGAAAAAUAUUUGCAUGUGGAUGACUUACUAGAAAUCAUAAGAAAUUGUGAUGCUAUUUUUUACCUUGUCGAUAUAAGAAACCCAUUAGUUUACCUGGAAGAAGACAUAAUCAAUUUUAUUAAAAAAUGCAAAAAGGAAAUAAUUUUUAUUUUAAAUAAAUGUGAUUUAGUCGAUAGUUCUCUAAUCGAGCAGUGGCUAUAUUUUUUUCGCAAUUUUUAUUUAACCAUACCUUUUACAUGUUAUGAAAGGAAGAAUCCAACUUAUUUAUCUUCAGGCAGAAACAAACAAAACACAGAUUGGUCACAAGGGAACUUGAAUAAUGUAUCACAUCACGGUACCAAUAAUAAUAUAUAUCUAACAUCAAUUAUUAAAAGCUUUUUUAACACGAAUAAGAAAAUUACUUUUGGUGUAAUUGGAUAUAUAUAUACAGGAAGGAGUAGCUUCUUGCAACUAAUACUACGUGCAUUCAGUUGUACAAAUCCUCGUAACAAAAUAACUGCCAUCAAUGUUGCAGAAAACAUAAAUUUUUAUUCAAAGUGUGGUAUUAUUUUAAGAAAAAAUUUAAAUGGUAUUGGAUUGAUUAAGAAACUACAUGUAUUAAGUAACAAUGAACGAUUAGUUCUUUUAAGUGAAUUUCUCCUAAGUUUAAGUGGUAAAAAUUUAAUAAAAUGUUUACUAUUUUUAAAUCAAGAGGAACUUGCUAAUAAGUACAAAAAUUAUUUUACAAAAAACAUUGACAAAGAGGAAAAAUUAGAAAAAAAAAAAGAAAUUAUUCGUCUAAUAUUUUUAAAACAACAAAAUGGAAAUGAACUUGAAAAUGAAAAUAUUAAUUCUAAAAAUGUAACAAAAGUGUACAAUAAAUUAUUUUUAAACAAAAUCCCGUAUUAUGUCAUUCCUAAGGAAAAAUUAUCUCUAUCUCCUGAACAAAAUAAUAACCAGAAUAAUGAUAUCCGUAAUAUUUUUUCCCAAAUUGUUUCUGACAUCUACCCAAAAAUUGAUGACUUCAUAAUUUCUCAAAAAAAAAAGUUUGAUGACUAUAUCAUUAUAAAAAGUGACAAAUUUAAUUAUAACGUUUAG